UUUCUCUUUACUUCAAAUUUCAAAUCUAUCGGCACAUGAGACCAAAAAAAACAAUGUUCUCAGCUAAUUGAAACCUAUGAAAGUUCCAAACCUCUAUAAAUACCCAUCUUCUUAACUUGCAAGCCACCACCUCACAUUAUUAUCACACACAUUGAAUUACCAAAUUUAUAUAAUUUAUAUUUAUAAAAUAAUAAAUUAAUAAAGGAAAAACAAUGGCAUCAUUCACAGCAAAGGAAGAAGCUUUGGUUAAAGAAUCAUGGGAAAUUAUGAAACUAAAUAUCCCUCAUUACAGCCUUCGUUUCUUCACCAUAAUAUUGGAAAUAGCACCAGCUGCCAAAGAUAUGUUCUCAUUUUUAAGGGAUUCUGAUGAAAUUCCACAAAACAAUCCUAAGCUCAAGGCUCAUGCUGUUAAGGUUUUCAAAAUGACAUGUGAAUCAGCAAUUCAACUUCGAGAGAAAGGUGAAGUUGUGGUAGGAGAGACUACCCUCAAGUAUUUGGGAGCUGUCCAUUUGAAGAAUGGUGUACUUGAUCCCCAUUUUGAGGUUGUGAAGCAAGCACUUCUGAGAACAAUAGAAGAAGCAAGUGGAGACAAAUGGAGUGAAGAAUUGAAAGGUGCAUGGAGUGUUGCUUAUGAUCAACUUGCUGCAGCCAUAAAGGCUGAGAUGAAGGAAGAGACUGCUUAGUUAUCUACAAAAACAAUAUUUUUAUUAUGUUGGUUAAUUGGUUCUAAUCAGUCUUUUAUCUCUGUAGUCUGUAAUUGAUGUGAAUCCAGCAAUAAACAUGGAAAUGAAUGAAUCUUGUUAAGCUCA